AUGGAAGGGUCACUGGCCUCGCUGGACAGUAGUGACCGGACGAGCCUCUCGGAUGGGGGGAGCAGCAAAGAGGAGACUGAGAAGUUGGAGAGGGUGCUGGUGGGUGACUUGACCAACCUUCCGUCCCUAAGCUCCAGGAUUGUGCGCAUCUUUACAAGCUCCACCUUCACAGAUACAACACUGGAGCGAAAUGCACUCAUGGAGAAGGUCUACCCCAAGAUUAAAGAGUUUUGCCGGGAAACACAUGGACUGGAAUUCCAGGUUGUGGAUAUGCGCUGGGGAGUCCGAGACGAGGCCACCGACGAUCACAUGACCACAGAGCUGUGCAUGAAGGAGAUAGAGAACUGUCAGCGCCUGUCCAUGGGACCCAACUUUGUGGUUUUCCUGGGUCAGAAGUACGGUUAUCGGCCCUUGCCCACUCACAUCGCCGCCACAGAGUUUGAACUGCUAAGAGAAUGUGUGAAGAACGUGGCCAGUGAGUUAGAGUUGAUGGACGAAUGGUAUAAGCGGGAUAACAACAGCCCGCCCCUUUAUGUGCUACAGCCAAUCAGCUCCAUCUUUACAAACUUCAACAAUAAGCGGCAUCAGCGGUUACAAGAGGCCGACCAAGCGUCGUGGUCAGAAACCUUCAGCAAACUUCAAAGGAUUAUUCGAAAAGCCGCCCAGGUGUUGUUCAUCACGAAGAAGAUCGACCGCGAGCGUAUGCACAAUUACUUCAUGUCAGUGACUGAAAGAGAGAUUGAGCGGGGCAUUUUGAAGGCGCUGGACGUCGAUGAACAUUGCUUGUGCUACAUAAGGGAAAUCUCCAACAUCAAUACGACGCUGCUUAGGUUCGCCGGAAAGUUCGUAGACUUCGCUUCCCGAAAUGUUGACGGCGAGGCGCAGAAACUUCUGAAGGCGUUACGGGACGACAAAAUCCCCAAGAAGUUGGCCAGCACGAAUCUGACGCGGUUUUGCGUCGAGUGGAGCGGAAAGGAAGGGAUUGACCCGGAGACCCAUGCGGAGUACCUGGAACAGUUCUGCGAGCAUUUCCUUGCUUCCGUCACCCGUCUGGUGAACAAUGCCAUGGCCAAACACGAGAAACUGGCGAACAACGCCGUAUAUGUGGAGACUUUGCAACACCUGCACGCUUGCCAGAUGUUCUGUAAGGUGUUUCAAGGCCGCGAGGAGACUGUGGAGCGGAUCCACCAGUACAUCGUGGCGGACACGGACAAACCUUUCGUCCUGUACGGAGAGAGCGGCUGUGGGAAGACUUCGCUGAUGGCCAAGGGCUCCAGUCAGGUGAGGUCGUGGCUCCCGGAUGGGGUUUUUCCGAUUUUGAUGUUGCGGUUUUUGGGAACAACCCCACACAGUUCCAGCAUCAUCCCGCUCCUGACGAGUCUCUGCAAACAGCUAGCCUUCAUGUACGAUCAACCAGAAGAGGAAAUACCGGAGGAGUUAGCUCCCUUGAUUCAACAUUUCAAAAAGCUAAUGGCGUGUGCUACCCGCGAGAGACCUCUUGUGAUAUUCUUGGAUUCCUUAGACCAACUUUCAGGAGCAGACGGGGCUCACCAGUUGGCAUGGAUACCAGUCCAGUUGCCGCCACAUGUCAAGCUUGUCGUGUCAACGUUGCCGAACUACUACAACCUUUUGAAAACUUUGCAAAAGAUGAUCGACAGUGAAGAAAACUUUGAGCAAAUCUUGCCGUUGGGUGAAAACCUGAGUAGCACCAUUCUGAAACUGUGGCUUCAAAACGCCAACAGAGCGAUCACGGAGGACCAGUGGAAAAUAGUAAACGAGGCGAUCGCCAAAUGCAAUCUACCGCUUUACGUCAAACUAGUGUUCGACGAAAUCUGCCGUUGGCGAUCUUACACCAGUCCAAAGCUGACGACGUUGGCGUUCACGAUUCACGACAGCAUCACAAAACUUUUCGAAAAGAUCGAGAACCAACACGGAAAAACACUAGUUUCCCAUGCACUAGGCUACAUUACAGCGGCUAAGAAUGGUCUUUCCGAGCCAGAACUGGAAGACCUGUUGUCCAUCGAUGAGAAGGUUUUAAACGACGUGUAUCAGUAUCAUCUUCCACCUGUCCGUCGAAUCCCGCCCCUCCUCUGGACUCGCAUGAGGAAUGACCUGCCAGGUUACCUUAGUGAAAGAGAGGCCGAGGGAGUGAACGUCAUUGGUUGGUAUCAUCGUCAGUUUAUCGACGCCGCAAAAGAACGCUACUUCAAGAAUUUAAAUUUUCUCAGCGAAGUGCACGCUAACAUUGCGGAGUACUUCUUGGGUACCUGGGGAGGUGGAAUCUCAAAGCCGUUUGAGUAUUCCGAGCUGCAGCGACAGAGGUUCCAAUUGGAGCAACGAACGGGAGAAUCCGACAGAAAGCUUCCACCGCAACCCCUCAAGUUCGUGGACGCUGAUGGAAGAACCAUUCGGUACAAUUUACGCAAGCUCAGCGAACUGCCGUUUCACUUGGUCCGAUCUCAUCGCUUCGAGUGUCUGUACACGGAGGUGCUGUUUAACUACAAAUUCCUACAUGCCAAAAUUUCAUCAAUGCCCUUGCAAGCCCUGCUAGCGGAUUUCGAGGAUUUUAUGAUGAACGUCUACGACAAAGACGCCAAGUUAUUGUCGGACGCUCUUCGCCUCUCUAGCUCUAUUCUAAGUCAUUACCCUGACAUGCUCGGUCCUCAGAUUGUGGGCAGACUCUUGCCUCUAUACGGCUCAAAUCAGAAAAUCAAGCAACUCAUUGAUCAUUGCGACACGGACGGUUUGUGGGACUGUGCCUUAGUACCGGCUCACCAUUGCCUUCAUACACCCGGUGGACCUCUACAGUACUCUCUCGAAGGUCACCCUUUUGCGCCAUUCGGAAUCGGUGUGACCUCUGACGCGAAAUACUUAGUGUCCGUGUCUAACAAGUUUAUCAUAUGGGACACGUCCACUGGGGAGGUCUUCAGAACUGUCACCCCCGGGAUAGGGGGCAUAAUGCAGAAUCUCCUCAUAACGCCUGACGAUAAACAUGCAGUCAGCUUCACCAACAACAACCAAGUGCUAGUGUGUAAUAUACUGACCGGGGACUACAAGUUAAUCUCGGGACCCGUCGAUAAGAAACUCAGGGACAUUAGUGGUAUAACGGUGACCAACACCCACGUCAUUGUGUGGAACGAUAAGCAGUGGAGCUUGUACACGCUCACAGGUAAAUGUGUUGAAACACAAAAUGUUCCAUCUGAUAAAGUACCGCUGAGUAUUAUACAACUUGGUGACGAGGCGGCAAAAGAAAAAUAUUUCGUUUUGAAAAGCGGACUACAAAACGAUGACGAUUUAGCUUUGGAAACUCAGGGCAUAGACAUUGAACCGUUUGAAUUUCACAGUGCUUUGGUCACGACAAGAGAUAAAAAGACUCUGUACUCCUGUAUAGAAAUAAGUGACCACGCCGUUGUCGUUUACAAACUCGACGGGAAAACUUGGAGAUACGACCGAACACUCGGAGACAAUGUAGAUGCUGUGUUUUCCCUAAAGUUAUCCGAGGACGAAAAGUAUCUGGUGGCUACGUUAGCGCUUGGGUACAAGCUAUGGGACUUGAAGACGGACGUGGUCCGGCAGCUUAAGUUACCGCACGGGAUAAGGAAUAUCCCAAGCAGGAACCAGCUGACCAGUCACGUCGUCUUUACGAAGAGUAAUCACUUCAUCGUGGCAGGAGUAAGGAAGAAUCUCUACGUCUGGGAUGUCAAGCAAGGGAAUUUGGUGAAAACCCUGGAUGCGCACUUCGGUCGCAUCAUCGCCUUGACGUCUGUGUGCCGGGACAUCAACACGGUGAUCUCGUCCUCCAUGGAUAAGACAAUCAAGGUCUGGAACUUCAACAACAUCCUUGAAGACGUCUUCUCCAUCGAUCGUCACGAUAAGCCGAUAGAGACCCUGCACCUGGCGUCGAAUUGCUACAUCGGCAUCACGACUACGAGGAAUUCGAUUGGUGUGUGGAAUCUAGAGAACGGCAAACUCCUGAAGACGCUCGGUACGAGUACCCACAGCUCUAUCCUGGUGGACGCCGUCAUCACAGGCGACGGGCAAUAUGCUAUAGCGGCCGAGACAAUGAGCGUCGUCGUUUGGGACGUGGAGAAGGAAAAGGCCAUAAAGUCUGAGUCUCAGAAAGACAUACAGGAGCUCAUUCUAUGCGAGGACGACUCUAAGUUCAUCACGGUGUCUAAGUCAGCUCCUAACAAAGGCACAUGUGUGUGCAGGACGAUACCCGAUGGAGACGAGGUCUUUAAGUUUGAGUACAACUUGAAAACGUUCAGGGCAGGCGUGCUGACAUGUGACGGACUGUACAUAGUGCUCCCAGGGGUGGAGAAAAGUGGCGACACACUAAAAGUGUUUCAUGCCCGAACAGGAACGCAUCUGUUCAAUGUGCCGCUAAAGUUUUCCAGCUACAAGGAGAUAAACAGACUUGUGGCCAUGCCUCACGAUCCGAACCAAGUAGCCAUCAUUGACUCAGAAGGCAAUAUUUUAGACUUGAAGAAGAAAAGCGUGAUUCGGUCAGUGCCAAAGUGGAACGGAAUGUGCACGCAGAAUGGUAAGAUCGGGCUGUACGCUCCCAACCGGGGUGGCAUGGAUCUGAUCGAGCUAAGGCACGGCAAGACUGUGAAGACCCUGAUUCCGCGGAUUGCCGAGGGGGUCUUCAAGGUAACCGUGGAGUUUACGAAAACGGACCAACACGUUCUGUAUUACCAUUCGGGUCACCGGACCGUCCGGGUAUUCAGAACCUCCGACGGGAAAAUGAUCGCCAACUUCAAGGCUCAUGCCGAGGUCAAGGUGAUGACUGGCUCGACUGGAGGGGCUUCGGUGGUGCUGGGAUGCGAGGACGGAAGCCUGACGGUCCUCACUAUCGCAGACCCCACCAGUGAGUCCAGUGUCGAGUUCCUCAAGUCCUUACCCAGCCGUCAAAUCGUGUAUACCACCAGCAGUCCGUCCCACAGGAAGCUCGGGGCGAAUGGCGAAGUGGCAAACGGUCGUCUUAGUGUUGGUACGGCGCUGCAAAUGGCCAGGUUCGUUGCAAAGGCGAGAGGGGUACAGAAGUCUAGAGCAUGCGUUAUAUCCUGAUCGUUACCGUAAAAUACCGUUGUGUAUACUGGUGGUGUACCACAACCACAUCCAUAACCACAUUAUGUUACAAUUCAUAUGGUUCGCAUAUUGCGUGCAAUACUGU